AAAAUAUAAUUAAAACUGCACACGGAUGCGCUAUGACAACUUCCUGUAGUGCUUUCCCGUCAAAGAUGGCGGCGACCUUGUGUGGAAAAUUGCUGCCGAAACAAGGAUGGCUGCCCCUGACGCAGAGUGUACGGCACGGCUCGAAGGCUGUGACCCGCCAUAGAAAGCCUAUGCACAUCACCAAACAAAAACUGAUGGCUGUUACAAAGUACAUUCCUCCUAAACCUGCAGCCCCUCCAGGAGCCUAUCCAUCACAGACCAGACAAGUCCAGGAGGAGAGUGGGCUGAUACUACUUAAGAAGAGGCAAUUGAAGAAUUUAUUCCAGGAUUUUAAGAUGAUUGCUGUGGCCCAGAACAACGGUAGCAAUUCUGAAGACCUGAUGAUUCUCAAGAACAGACUUCAUAAGCAUGGGAUCAUGAUCAAGUUCUUCCCUAACCAGAUAAUGCAAUCAUUUUUAAAUGACAGUGUUUACAGCAACAUGGCUCCUCUGUUCUUCGGUCCAACAGUUCUACUUGUUAGUAAAAAUCCAAAGGUGAAGGAGAUGCUGACUACACUGAGGGCCAGUCCACAGAUGACACUCCUUGGAGCCUGCAUAGAGGACACGUUACUGAGCAUACAGGGGCUGAUGAGCUACUCCAAGCUGCCAUCAGUGACCACAGUCCAGGGUGAGCUCAUCAGCGGUCUUACCAUGCUUACUUCCCAAACGGCUGUCAUGCUCCAAAGGCACCCGGCCCACCUCUCAGCCCUACUCCAACAGUACAUCAAGCAGCAAAGCACGGACAGCACAGAGGGGGCUCCCCAGGCAGAGGCCGCUUCGUAGAACUUCAUCCUGCAGGAUUUUA